UAUAUAAAUGGCAUCACCUGUUCUUAAUAAAGUGAGAGAGAGAUUAUUCUUUUUGUCUCCAACAGUCUAGGCAGGUUGGGAACCUGAAUCGAAGAGAGAAGAUUUCGAAGAGUUAAAAAUCCUUGGUUAGGGUACAGUUAUUUAAGAUAUUUGAAUAGGGGCAUUCGGUGUUGUAAAGAAAGUAACUCACAAAAAAACAAACAUAGUAUAUGCGAUCAAAAUAGUGGAAAAGGCAAUGCUUAAGAAAACUAAUAUGGUUGAAUAAAUGUAGAAUGAAGUGAAAAUCAUGUAUUCACUCAAUCAUCCAUAUAUAUUGAAGUUGUACAACCAUUUUGAAGAUGACAUAAAUGUUUAUUUGAUUUUAGAAUUUGUUGGAGGAGUAAUUCUUAAAAUUAAUCUUAGGGGUAAUUAUAUGCAGUCUUGUGGAGAUAGCCAUAAAAAAAGUUUGAUGAAAAAACAUCGGCAAAAUUUAUACUUUAAGCAUGUCUUGCUUUAGAAAAUAUUCAUUCCAAAAAUAUUGUUCAUAGAGAUAUUAAACCAGAAAAUCUAUUGUUAGAUGAAAAAUAAGAUAUCAAAUUAGCUGACUUUGGUUGGUCUAACUUCUUGAAGCCUAAUGAAAUCAGAUAAACAUUUUGUGGUACCUUAGACUAUUUGGCUCCAGAAAUGUUAGAAAAAUCUAGACAGCACGAUCAUCAAGUAGAUAUUUGGGCUGUUGGUGUACUCUGUUUUGAAUUAUUAACUGGUCUUAGUCCAUUUGCUCCACAAAUUAAUAUCAAUAAUCAGACCUUUGUUGAGAAAACAACCAAAGAUAAUAUUGUAAAUUUGAGAUUUUAGUUUCCUCCUACAUUCCCACCAUAAGCAUAAGAUCUCAUUAAAAAGAUCUUAGUUAAGGAACCUGGAAAAAGAUUUACAUGUUAGUAAAUAAAGGAACAUUAAUGGAUUGUGUGUAAUAAUCAUUAUUAUUAUUAGAAAAUACAUAACAUGUUAAAAUUCCAACCUCUUUGACAGUCUAACAAGAGAAAAAGAUAAUUAAGAAUCCUGAAAUUGAGAGCUUACAAAAAGAUGGUAAGUUGGCUUUUACUAAUGAUCAAAUCUAUAGUUUUUCUAGACCAGAUUCUGUAUACAUAUUUAUAAAUAUUAGAUCAUUGUCAAAGACUUCUUACAAGGAGAUAACACCAAUACUAAGUUAGUUGAAGCUUUGAAUAACAAAAUGAAGGAAAAAGAUUCCAAAAUUUAAGCCUUAGAAAUUGAAAACUAAAAGAAAUCACAGGAAAUUAAUGAGCAUUUAUCAACUAUCGAGUUAAUGAAAAAAUCUGGAUAAGCCAGUUAAGAAAUUUAAUCAAUGCAACAUAAGUUAAAGUUAUAGGAUGAGAGAUAUGCAUUCAUGAAAUAGCAAUAUGAAUAACAAUUACAAAAGAAUAUAGAAUUAGAGAAAAAAAUUAGAGAACUUGAAUCAUAAGUAUAUAAUUGAAUUUAUUGCCAUUAGAGCAACUAAAUUGAAUAAAUGAAAGCAAAAAUGAAUAAAUAUAAGGAAGAAGCUGAAUCAUUCAAAGCUAGGGCUAAGAAGGCUGAAGAUCAAGUUCAAUAAAUGGUUAUAUCUGGAAUAAAUGAAAAGGUUAAAUUCUAUAUUUAUUAAUAGGAAUUUUAAGAAGUACCAAAAUAAUAAGAUCAAGCAUCUAAUGUUGAUGAUCUAUUAAAGAAAUUGCAAAACAAGUAUGAUCCAAAAUCAUGA